AGUUUCAAUCACGUUUAAAUGGUGAAAUAUAGAUAAGGUGAAUCUACAGAUUUACAGUAGUUUACCAAAAAUCGGAACUGUAUGCUUGAUAUAGUUGAAGCAUUUCUAACGUGUUCCGAGACUGGGUUGGGUCAGUAGUUCCGCUUCCCCUGCGCCAUUGCGGAUCCACUCCGGUCCAAGAAGAUUAAAGAAUAAAAGGAACGCACGAAAAAUAUCUUAUUUUAAAUUAUCCUACGUCUAUUAUUGGGUCUGCAACUAAUCACUGCAACAGUAUUACGAACAGCCAAACCGCUUACCGGGACUGAGGAGGCGAGCUAAGUUUUGUGGAAGUUUGCAGCGGAGUUUCUCUGGUAGGUGUCUGUGCCCCUCUCUCGCUCCCCCCUCCCUGCCAUGUCCGAUAACGGAGAGCUGGAGGACAAACCCCCGGCCCCGCCCGUCAGAAUGAGCAGCACCAUCUUCAGCACCGGGGGCAAGGACGCCCUGUCGGCCAAUCACAGCUCCAAGCCCCUCCCCUCCGUGCCCGAGGAGAGGAAGUCCCGCAACAAGAUCAUCUCCAUCUUCUCCGGGGCCGAGAAAGGUGGCAGAAAGAAGGACAAAGACAAGGAGCGCCCCGAGAUCUCGCCCCCGUCGGACUUCGAGCACACCAUCCACGUCGGCUUCGACGCCGUCACGGGGGAGUUCACUGGCAUGCCGGAGCAGUGGGCGCGGCUGCUGCAGACCUCCAACAUCACCAAGUCGGAGCAGAAGAAGAACCCGCAGGCCGUGCUGGACGUGCUCAAGUUCUACGACUCCACGGGCAACAGCAGGCAGAAAUACCUCAGCUUCUCCUCAGAAAAAGAUGGCUUCCCUUCAGGGACACAGCCACCUGCCAAGAAGGGCACAGAAGCCUUGUCCCCCAACAUCAAGGACAUCGACGACGAUGAGGACGAGGAGACCCCCCCUCCCAUUGUGGCGCCCCGCCCGGAGCACACCAAAUCUGUGUAUACUCGCUCCGUCAUCGACCCCCUACCCCCACCCGCCACCAGUCCGGAUGGAGACUCCGCCUCCAAGGCCGCUGACAGACAGAAGAAGAAGGGCAAGAUGACAGACGAGGAGAUCAUGGACAAACUAAGAACCAUUGUCAGUAUUGGAGACCCCAAAAAGAAGUACACGCGAUACGAGAAGAUAGGACAGGGGGCUUCGGGUACAGUGUUCACAGCCAUCGACGUGGCCACGGGACAGGAGGUGGCCAUCAAACAGAUCAACCUACAGAAGCAGCCCAAGAAGGAGCUGAUCAUCAAUGAGAUCCUGGUCAUGAAGGAGUUGAAGAACCCCAACAUCGUCAACUUCCUGGACAGCUUCCUGGUCGGGGAGGAGCUCUUUGUGGUGAUGGAGUACCUGGCCGGCGGAUCACUGACGGACGUGGUGACAGAGACCUGCAUGGACGAGGCCCAGAUCGCUGCCGUCUGCAGAGAGUGUUUACAGGCUCUAGAGUUCCUCCAUGCCAACCAGGUCAUCCAUCGAGACAUCAAGAGUGACAACGUACUGCUGGGAAUGGACGGCUCUGUCAAGCUCACUGAUUUCGGCUUCUGCGCCCAGAUCACCCCGGAGCAGAGCAAGCGCAGCACCAUGGUGGGCACGCCCUAUUGGAUGGCCCCAGAGGUCGUGACCCGCAAGGCCUAUGGGCCCAAGGUGGACAUCUGGUCCCUGGGCAUCAUGGCCAUCGAGAUGGUGGAGGGGGAGCCACCAUACCUGAAUGAAAACCCGCUGAGGGCGCUGUAUCUGAUUGCCACCAAUGGCACUCCGGAGCUCCAGAACCCCGAGAAGCUGUCACCCAUCUUCCGCGACUUCCUCAACCGCUGCCUGGAGAUGGACGUGGAGAAAAGGGGCGGGGGCAAGGAGCUGCUGCAGCACCCCUUCCUGAAGCUGGCGAAGCCCCUCUCCAGCCUGACGCCUCUCAUCCUGGCCGCCAAGGAGGCGAUGAAGAGCAACCGUUAACCGAGCAGUGCCGGCCAGCCUCUUCCCACUGCCGCUGUGCCAAUCCUGCAACUCCAAGCCCCUGCCAACGCACCGUGCCAAGACCAAAACGCAUUACCCUGCCUGGCCAACAGGGGGCAGGGCAUCACCACCACCGGCCUUACGGACUCUCUCCAGUGUUCCCCCGCUGCCAGCCCAACACCCCCCACCCCCCACACACCACAUUUCCGCUGUCUGAGGGACAGACUCAAUUAAUCCACAGACUGGGAUGAGGAGGAGUGAAAAUGUAUGAGGAGGAAUCAGGAUGUAAUUACAUUUCAUGUCUUUUUUUUUUUUUUGUUUUGUUAAUUGGUGAUUGCCUUCAGCUGAUCAGAGUUACUGCCUGCUUUCUCUGUUGAGUAUGUGAAAUGAGUUGUCUUCUUGUGACUUUUUUUUUUUUUUGCUUUUCCAUUUCCCCUCUGAGCUUGUAGCGGGCCUCCACAUAGGUAUUGCAAUACUUGAAUCUCUUCUCCCGAGUCCUGUUCCUUUUAGAGGUUCACCCAGUCCUGCCUCUGCUCUGUUACUAAUGCCAGUGAGAUCUCGUUAAUCCAACGACAGCACAGAAAACAGGGAACUUGAGUGAUUCACUGUCACUUUUGUGUCACACAGAAAUCAUGAGCUGGACAAGCACGGUUUAGGAGACAUCUAGUGGUCGAUCGCUGUUACUGCACGAGCUGCUCAGUCAGGAAAGGAUGCUUCAUCCGCUGUUUCAAAAGAGCAGAGAGGGCAUCCUCAUAUAGCAGCAUCUAUCCAAUAUGCAUUUCCACACGUGAUGAACCACAGCGUUGCGCUCAAAACAGCAGAACAGAAUGUACUAAUUAUACUUAUGGAUAUGAAUGUAUGCUUUAUAUAUGGGUAUAAACAUAUGCAUUUCACCAACACGUAACAGUGAGACUUGGGUGCCUAAACAUGCCGCUGUGUACCUGGAGUACACCUUGGGUAUAAGUAGACUUGUUCUGUACAUUGGAGCACAGUUUUGAAUCAUUUUUUCACCCAUUCAGAACGGUAUUAAAUGAACAGUUUUUUUUUUGUUUUGUACUUGUAGGCUUCUUUGAAUAUUUUGAGUCUCCACAUUCUGUUACCUGGUUUCUUUUUAAUCAUUUGGAAACAAAAAGGUGCACUUUGGUAUUGGGCCUGACUGAGAGCUGUUAAUUUAGGGUGUCGGCUUUGUUCCACUUAAGGUUCCUUGUUUUGCGGCUGUCGGGGGAGAAGACGACCCUCAUGGGGUGAGUUAGUUUUGGGGAGUGACAGGGUAUGACUCUCGUGCCUAAACACUUUUUUUCCUCACAGUUUUCUUAAAAAAAAACAAAAAAAACAAUGGAAAAUAAAUCAAAAAACAAAACUAACUGUUUACUGUAUGAGAUGAGCUGUGUCUUCAUUAACUACACAGGGACUUAGGUAGCUAAACUUUCAACAAAAAUGUUUUAAAAAUUUUGUUUUGUAUAUUAUGUACUUUAAAAGAAGAAGAAAAAAAACUAAAGAGGAAACCGCUGAUUUAGAGAU